AACAAACACUUCAGCAUACCUGUUGAAAUUGUACAUGCUGCAGUUGCUAGGAUACACUCAAACAGGAAUUCUGUUUAUUUAUUUUUUUAAAUCAAAUCUUUAACUUCAAAUUACUUUUUCCCAGUCUCCCGUGGUGUUGUUACGUUAUGUUCUCCGCCAGUAAAUACCAUCAGCACCAAAUAAGCUUACUCCCAUGCAACUUCAGUGAGCAGCUAAAGAUGUUGCCUGCAGCUGUCCAUUCUGUCCAGAAUGCAGGACUAGGAAAAUCUGGUUGCUUGAAUGGGCCACAAAUUAAAUUUAAUGAUGAAGCACAGAUGUUUCAGCAGGCCCGCCAAAAGAUUCAAGCUCGUCAGAAAAUAGCAAAGUUAUUUCAGCAAUACAGGGCUCAGCUGAUCUCCAAUAAACAGGAUGUCACCGUAACCUCAGACCCUCCGUCAAAGAAGGAGAAGAUCUACCUCACUGUGUAUGAAAACAAGAAAGUUGUGCCACUCACUGUGAAGAACUGGGGUGUCAAAACGGUGAAUUUAACAUUUUGGGCUUUUGACCUCGUAAAGAACAUAUUCACUGUCAGAGACUGCCAUGGAAACCUUGUCCAGACUAUGAAGCAACUCCCUCUUGGACCAGGUCAGUCAUACAAAAUCAAGGUCCAUUUCAACUCUGAGCAUGCAGGCUUCUAUGAACAGUUACUGGUCUUUCGAAUUGAAUCACACCAGCAGUCCUCAGAUAAAUUUGAGAUUAUGCGUAUCUUGGAAGUCAUACAUCGGACAUCUUUUAGUGAGGAGGCCCUCCUAACAGCCACAACCUCAGUGCGCGACCUUCAUACAAUGAAUUGGAAACCUGCUGAAGGUGUUAGAAUAACGUGGCUUAAGCUUGAGGUGCCUUUGAAGGGUUAUCCGAUGCCUGACAAUAUGAAAGACCCCAGCAAAGCUGACAUGGACCUGGAAAAGAUACCUCUGAACUGGAGGACCUACUGCAAGAGGUUCCAAAUGCUGCUGCAUGUGGAGGAGCUCCAGUUGAAGACAGAGAUUGAGAAAUUCAACCAGAAUGCGCCCAUGUUUAGACACAAAAGCAACGCAUACCUUCUCAUUCUGCAGCUUGCAGGUGUCCGUAAGAACUCAACAAUGAGGCUGUUUGGGAACAAGGUACUGGUGACUCCUUUAAACCCGCAAGGAGUUUUUGAAAAUAAAAUGUACAAAGGCUGGGUCCAUCAUGUGGAUGCGGAUCAUGUCUACCUGCAAUUCAGUGAAGAGUUCCUGAAUAAUUUCAAGGAGGACACAAGGUACCAAAUUAACUUCUAUCUCAGCCGUAUGCCCCUGCGUCUCCAGCAUAGAGCAGUACAGCUGGCAUACCCAAACAGACUAAAGGAGGUGUUGUUCCCUACUGGAUGUUUUUCUUCCCACCAUUCACAUCUAAACAGACUGAUAGAACUCGGGGACAACCCAGAGCAGCAAAAGGCUGUUCAACACAUUGUAGCUGCUUCUGCUAAACCUGCCCCCUACCUGGUAUUUGGUCCACCUGGCACAGGCAAAACAGUGACUUUGGUGGAAGCCAUCAAGCAGAUAGUGGAAACGCAGCCCUCAUGCAAGAUCCUGGUUUGCGCUCCUUCCAACAGUGCAACUGAUCAUCUCUUUGAGAAGAUUCUGGAAAGAAAGAUAGGAGAGCACCAGGUGUAUCGCUUGUUCGCCCUAAGCUGCCCUGUGAGAAAUAUUCCCCAAAAUAUAAAGUCUUGCUGCAACUUGAACCGCAGAACAAACACACUUAUGAUGCCUUCUAAAGAGGAGUUGAUGAAGUAUAAGAUCAUUGCCUCCACCUUGCUAACUGCAGGAAGGCUAGUGACAGGAGGGAUUCCUGUAAAUCAUUACACUUACAUAUUUGUGGAUGAGGCAGGCCAGGCUACAGAAACAGAGUGUAUUGUCCCUAUAGCAGGUUUACUGAAACAGAAAUGCCAGGUAGUGCUAGCUGGAGACCCUAAACAGUUAGGCGCCAUCAUCGCAUCCAGAGUGGCAGAGAAACAUGGCAUGGGUGUGUCCCUGUUGGAGCGUCUGAUGAACGAUAUCACCCUUUACAGGUCACAUGAGACACACGGGUUCAACAACCGCUUUGUAACCAAAUUACUGAGGAACUACAGGUCCCAUCCUGCAAUUCUGAAAAUUCCCAAUGAGCUCUUUUAUAAUGGAGAACUUCAGCCUUAUGCUCAUAAAGAGACAUGUAAUUCAUACCGCAAAUGGGAAUGCCUGCCCAAGAAAGGUUUCCCUUUGAUCUUCCAUGGAGUGGCAGGUACAGAUGAACGUGACGCCAGCAGCCCCUCUGUUUACAACAUGGCAGAGGUGGAGGUGUUGAAGGAAUACUUAAAAGCCCUUGUUGAUCAUCUUAAAAGAAAUGGUGUGACCACAAUUCAACCGAGAGAGAUUGGUAUCAUUGCCCCCUACAGAAAACAAGUGGAGAAAAUCCAGGAUGCCCUUAAGACAGACAAAGAUCUAAUGAAGAUAAACUUGGAAAACGUAUUGGUUGGUUCAGUGGAGCAGUUUCAGGGUAAAGAGUGCAACGUGAUUCUGGUGUCUACGGUGCGCAGCAAUCCCAAACUGACUGCACACAAGCAAAGAUUUACUAUAGGCUUUGUUGAUAAUGAGAAGAGGUUCAACGUGGCAAUGACACGAGCACGGGCCUUGCUGAUUGUGGUUGGAGACCCGAGAGUCUUGAAAACUGACAAAAUCUGGAACAAAUUCAUCUAUUACUGCUUCCAAGAAGGGGCUUACCGUGGCAUUAUAGUCUCUGAUGCAGAGGAGGAGGAGAGUACACUGACCAAUGUACACUCACCGAGCCUCUGAAUGACUCAACAACAGCUGGAACCCUGUUGCAGGAACCAACAGACCUUGCUUACUCAUCUCUCUCAGCUGUAGUAUUUAACAUAAAAAUAAAGAACUGAAAUUGAGAACUAAGUGUGCAGUUGACUCAGGACAGACACAGUGAAGAAGUGUCUAUCUUA